AGGAGUACAGAAGUCCACUUUUUUGGUAACCAAGGGAGGACCCCUUCCAUUUUCCUUUGACAUACUUUCGUCAGUCUUCAAAUAUGGAAACAGAUGCUUUACUAAGUACCCUGCCGACAUGCCUGACUAUUUCAAACAAGCAUUUCCUGCUGGAAUGUCAUUUGAAAGGACAUUUACAUUUGAGGAUGGAGGAGUUGCUACAGCCAGUGGACACAUUUGUCUUGAGGGAAAUUGGUUUAAGCACACAUCCAUGUUUCAUGGCGUUAACUUUCCCGCUAACGGACCCAUAAUGCAAAAGAGGACAAUUGGCUGGGACCCUUCCUUUGAGAAAAUGACCGUCUCCAACAACAUAUUGAGAGGUGAUGUAACUAUGUUCCUUCAACUCAAAGGGGGCGGUUAUCACAGUUGCCAGUUUCACACUUCUUACAAAACAAACGAGCCGGUCACGCUGCCUCAGAACCACGUCGUAGAACAUCGCAUUACGAGGACCGACAUUGAAGAUAAAAAGGUCCUGCUGGAAGAAACUGCUGUGGCUCAUGUUAACCCUUUGUAACUGGGAU